AUGAGUGAGAAGGGGAAAAGAUCACGAGUGAGAAGAGUUGAAGAUGGUGAUACGCAACAAUGGAAGAAGAGAAGUAUAUUUUUCCAACUCCCUUAUUGGGAAUUCAAUUUGUUGCGCCACAACCUUGAUGUCAUGCAUAUUGAAAAAAAUGUUUUUGACAAUGUGUUGUUUACUUUGCUAAAUGACCCUGCAAGAUCAAAAGAUAAUCUAAAUGCUCGAAUGGAUUUAGUGUCAAUGGGUAUAAGAGAUGACCUUUGGCCUAAUGAAAAUGGAAAAUACUCUCCAAGUUGUUUUACAAUGACAAAUAUAGAAAAAGAUGUAUUUCUUGCAACACUAAAGAGUGUAUUACUGCCAGAUGGUUACUCAAGUAAUAUUUCAAGAUGUGUUGAUUUGAAGAAUCGCAAGAUACAUGGAUUGAAAAGUCAUGAUUGUCACAUUCUUAUGGAACAUCUAUUGCCAAUUGCCAUACGUAAUCUAUUACCAGAUCAAGUUUGUAUGGUUUUGGUAGAAUUGGGUUUUUUUUUCAGACAAAUAUGUAGUAGAGUAUUAAAUGUCAAAGAGCUUGAUAACCUUCAAAGUCGACUUGUGCUAACAUUAUGCCAUAUGGAAAUGAUAUUUCCACCAUCAUUUUUCACAGUAAUGGUGCAUUUAGUUGUUCACCUUGUUGAUGAGGUUAAGCUUGGAGGUCCUGUUCCAUACCGAUGGAUGUACAGCAUUGAGAGGUACUUAGGACAUUUAAAGUCUUUUGUACGCAACCGAGCGAACCCAGAAGGUUCAAUAGCUGAAGGUUAUAUUGCUGAAGAAUGUCUUACAUUUUGCUCAAGGUAUUUAGAAGGGGUUGAAACAAGGUUUAACCGAUCUAGGCGUGUUGAUGAUGUGCCAUUUUAUGCUGAAAAUAUUCAAAGCAAUAUCUUCAAACAAAUUGGUCGACCAGUAGGCAGUGUUUUAACUUUCCAACUAACUGAUAUAGAGAAACAACAAGCACAUCGAUAUGUGCUAAUGAAUUGCAAACAUGUUGACAAAUACGUUGAGUAA